CUGCAACUUGCUUGUUAUCCUGUCGGAUGUCUUCGGUUGAAGACGGAACUCUGGGUAAUCAAUUAAGAAAAAUGGCGGAUGAAGAAUUGCAGACAACAGUGUUUUGGUUAACAUGACCUAGUGAGGAGAUGGACCCCAAUCAGUGGCGGAACUAUAACCAAGCAUAUGGUCACAUCGGCCACAGCAGUGGAUUAUCUCCGACUGCAGCCAAUCUUAACCGCUUUGAUCUGCCACUCUUAAAUGCAGAUCCAGGUAUUGGAACAGGGCUUGGACUUGGCCCAUCAUUGCAGUCACAUCCAUCAAGCAUGGCCACUGCCAGAUCUAUGGGUGGACUUGGGGCAGUACCCUCUAACUACCCACAUUCACUUCACAACACCAUGUCUCCAUUUCUGGAUGCAGUCAACCCCCUGCCUUCAGCUUUCCCAGCACAGAGUCCAUAUAAGAGCCUUGGUCAGUCAUCAUUUGGGAUAGAAGCUUCAUCACUGAGAUCACCGGACCAGCCAAGUCUGUAUGGCUUCACAUCUGUCUCGGAUGCAAGAUCCCACUCUAAAUCUCCUUAUGCUCAGGACACAUUACUGUCGAAGGAACAGCAGCUAAGUUACGGCUCUUCUAUCAGCCCGUUAAGUAGCAUAGAAAAGUCAGCAAAAUCUACUAGUUGGAAUCUGUCCAACUUUGUGCCCAAUCCUUCAAACCCUUUUGGGAAUUUGAGUAGUGAUGUUCCGUCCUCCCUUUCGGAAUUGGCCGGACCACCUCCUGCUCACAGUGGCAAUGCUUCCACCUCCAGACACAGUGCCAUUCAAAGAAACCAUUUCACUUCUGACCUGUUUUCACAUGCACCGUUGAACACCAAACCGUCCCGUAGCUAUUCCCUAGAUAAACCUGAUGACUUGUUGUUGAGCAGCCCUACACUUCAACUGCCAAGAGGCGGACUUAGUGAUUCACUCUUCACAUCUCCAACACACCAUGGUAUUGAAAAUCUCACCAAACCUUCCAGUCAGCAUAACAGUAUUUUUGGGUUCCCACCCAGCUCUCCUGCAGCAUUGAAAUCAGAAAUGGCAUCAAAUUAUCAACAGCAGAUGUCAUCCGAUAUCACUUAUGACCCAGUCAGCCCUCCAACACCGCUGUCUGAUGGAGGCCAACAACAAAAUGAUUCCUACACCAGUGUGGGGCUCCAUGACAUUAGCCCAAUGAGUCACUCACAGCAUGGAUUAAUAUCACAGAAACAGAAGGACAGGCUAGAUACACAUCAGGUGAUAUUGCAUGCCCAUUCGGGUAAGUCAGGAAGUGUACAGAAUAUUCCUAUGGAGUUGAACAAAAAUCCAAACCAAAUGUCAAAAAGCCCAAUGCAGCAAUCUCCCAUCAGUGUUGGUGGAAGUCCACACAUGUCUGUACCAAUGAGCUCACCACAGAAUCCUAUGCCUAGCUCUACUGUGGUUCAGGCACCCCCUCCAGUACAGGCAGUGGCUGACUCAACCACAAAGCCAAAGAGAGUGCGUUCACGAAAGAAAAAAGUUUCAGUUGAUCAUGAAAAUGGACAGAAAUUUUCCCCAGAGGGUAUGACAUCUCAUAUGGUCAAUCAGCAUGGUGAUAUAAUGGGUUUGCCCCUUCCUAUGUCUAAUUCGGGUCAUAUAUUGGGUAUUGGGAAUCAGAGUUUUAAUCAGAGUAACCCUUACAGUCCCCAGAAGUCUCAACCUUAUAGCCCUCACACUCAUCCUCAGUACAGCCCGAAGAAGACCCAGGCUGUAAGUCCCCAAUCAUACAGCCCCCAUAUCACAUCACAGACCAUGGUGGAUAAGGUGUACAAUCAUCAGCAGUCUCCAUCCAUUGAGGAGCAGUUCUCAAUACAACAUUCAGCCAGCCUAUCAUCUCAAAGCCAAAUGUCACUGCCAUCAAAUUCAAAUCACAUGUCAUUGAUGUCUGACAGUGUAAUUCACAGUGGCCAGGGAUCAGUAAUACACAACUUGGCAGGAGAGACCAUCCAACAGUCCCUUCAGUCACAGGGGGCCACUCCCAGCCCCCCAGACCUGCAACGGGGCCACAUGCCAGUCAACUCGUUGUCAAUGCCGGAUAUGGCAUCCACUCCCAUGGCUGAUACAAUAGUAGGAAAUAAUACUAAUUACAAUUACAACAGUGUUCCUGGGCAGUCAUUUGUGGAACAGUUACAGUCCGAUUCGAACAUUGACCAUUUAAACAAGUCGCCUAUGGACAACCCCUUGUCCAUGAGUCAGUUAGACAUACAGGGUCAACAGGGAACAUACGUCUCUCCACAACAGACCACAGGAUACAUGUCAUCCCAACCAGCAGGCUAUGUGUCACAGCAGCCCAACAGUAUUUACACUGAUCUGGAUAAUUAUAAUAACCAGUAUGAAAAUGCUCACAGCAGUCUCACCUCUCCUUCGAUAGGAUAUGAACACUCCCCACACCCCAACAAUACAUCAACUAUAGAUGAAGAUGCACUGUCUAGUUUGAUUGGAAAUCCUACAUUACGAGAUACCUCUCCAAUGAAGGAAGUGUCGCCCGAAUACUGGAGACAUAGGACAAAGGCAGAACAAAAACUUAUGCCUACAAGAACUGUGACUAGCCAAAUAGAAUUUGAUGAGGACUUUGCACACUUAACUAGACCACCUGACUGUGAAAGAAAAGGCAACAAACCAAACAUAAAACCAAUGUCAAAUUCCCAUUCAGUGAUAAAUCCCUCCAUGCAUACUAUUAACUCUACACCAAUUCAAAUAAAACCAGAGCAAAAUGUCACAGUGAAGAAUCAAAACUCAAACAGCAGUUCAUUUAUGGAUUCUUUCUUAAGUUUUAUUCAGGGUAAAAAGCCUGAGACUUUGUCAAGUUUAAAUACAUCUCAUGUUAAAAAGCCAGAGCUACCAAAAUAUAUCCCAGAACCCCGUCGUCCCCGCCCAGCAGAGUCCUCUGACAGUGCAGCCAGCACUCCCAGACCUGACACUGACAAUAAAUCUGAAUUUAGUUCAAACACCGGAAUCAAUUCACCAUCAACAUCACAAAAUGAUGACACUGUCAACUCAAUUCAUGCUUUCUCUGAUGAUGAGGAUGAUGAUAGUGCAAAUGUCAUCAGUACAGUGGAAAAUGUCUUGUCUCAACUUAAUGAGGAUGGCAGCAGGAAGGAAGGUCUCAAAAUGAGAAUAAGAUUUUCAAAAAUAACAGGUGGUGGGAAAAGGAAAACAAGUAAAUUAAGUUUAAAUGGAUCCCAGAGAGGAAAAAAGUCUGUGGCAAACAAAUGCAAUAGUGAUAAUGACACUUUUGCUUCAUCUGGUGAUGAGGAUUAUGCUGUGGGUUCUUCUGAGGAAGAGGCGGCGAUGAGGGAGGAAAAAGAACCAACACCUCCUCCCCCGGAACCUACCAGGCAUGUUUCCUCACGUAGGGCCAAAGAUAAAGGACGCAAAGUGUACAAAGACUCCAGUGAUAGUGAUGCUUCAAUAGACUUCCCUGGUCCAAUAGCCAAGGCUGAUUGUGAUAGUGAUGCAGAGUACGACUCCGACAAGGACCCAGCAUGGACUCCAUUUGCUGUGGACUACAAACGACAGCCAUCAUUUGAUGCACUUGAUUACCGGGGUGCACCUUUACCUAAGAAAGGGCGCCAUAAAAGUGGAAGGGGAAAAGGGCGAGGGAAGACAGUUGGUAAGAGGCUGAGUGACCGAGCACCAACAUCUCGAUCCUUCAAGAUCCAAAAGUUUGAUAAGGAGAAGCAGGAAAGUAACAACACCAGUGUAACCCAGCCUGUGUCAGAGCCUGACACUAUACAACAUCUGGAGCUUAAAGAACAAGGCUACCAGAUUGGAGAUUUUAUCAUAGAUAAGAAAGACCUCAACAAAUUUGAAAACUUUCCUAUCUGGAAGAUUGAGUCUGGAAAAUUAAUCCGCAAAUAUGAGUUAAUCACAGAAGAAGGGCAAAUGCAACAUAGAGCCAUGUGCACUUUUUCUAGCUGGGUACCUAUUAUGCAAAAGGAUUAUCUUCCAAUCAGAACGAAACUUUUGAGGAACAACAAGGAUAAGGAGGUAGUAGAGGUCGCUGAAGCUGACAGACCAACACCGAAGCUGGACAGCUAUUUAGAGCAUGCGUAUGAAGAGGAUCCCCUGGCUGACCUUUUCAACGUUUACCUGCAGAUAUUUCUCAGCCAAGCUCUUGAGCCAGGAUUUCUCAGUGCAAUUGGGGAAGGGGAAGAGAAUUUUUAUAUGGGGCCAUUACAAAGUAUUGACAGAAUUAUUGAGAAGAAACUUGAAGAGAUGGAAGGGAAAGUAUUAUGGAGAGCCACAUUUAAGAAUGCUUUGAGGGCAAAGCCUCACAUAAGGGAGUUAGAUCGACCUAACCUGAAAAUGUUUUGUCAGGCGUGUGAAAAUGCUAGUCAACCUGCUAUCAAGUCUAUUCACCUGUUUGGUCAAUCAUAUGACCACUUUACUCUGGAGGAGAACCCCAGCAGUGCUACAGAAGGAGCAAGUUUGGAAUUUAUGAUUGGAAAGACGGCAGCUAGUUAUGUUGGACCCUAUCACAGUCUUUACCACUUCAAAUACAACCUGUACAAACGGUGCUUAGCAAAGGUUGACAUUGUCAGACAAAGUGAUACUGAACUGGACAAUGCUGAGGUGUUAGACCGAUGUCUUAACAACAGAACAUGGGUACUAAAGAUCUUUGAUGACCUGAAGAAUAUGCUAGACAAAGGAUGACCAGUGGCCUGGAGUAGCGUGAAUGGUGUGUGAGUGCUUGUAUGAAGAUUUAGUCUGUCCUCACCAUUAAAGAUGUUGAGGAUUAAACAUUCACUGGCCUAUGGGGUGGCGUUACAUCUUCAUUAGCUUUACAGCCUUCUUGUGUUGAUUGACACAAAGGAUAGCGAUAGAUAAAGCUUUAGUCAUGUCUACUCUGGGUUUGUUACUGCUAAUUGGAAAUGAAACGAGGUGUACGUUGCACUUGUGCAUUCAGUGACUAUUUUGUCAAAACUUGAUAUUACAUGUUAGCUGUUUGUCAUAAUGUGAUGAUGAAAAUGGAAACAAUUGAUGAAGCCAAACAAGCGAAAACCAGAGAAAAAAUGGAAAGGACAGCAUUAAACUUGUUAUAGUUUUCAAUGACAAUACGGACACAUCUUGAGUUGUGUUGGGAUUUCUAUGGAGAAUAAUUUUUCAUACAUAUUACAUUGUAAUCACCAGUUAUAUCAGGCUUUGUUUGAUAAUAGUACAUUUGACUGGAAACUAGUUUAAUUUUCAAAGAAAGCAGCAAUAUUGUUUUUUCUAUUAAUAUUUGAUACACAUGUAAUUGUUUUAUUACUGCCAUUGAUUUCUUUAGACUGCAGAAAUACCUGUAAAAUGAACAUGAAAAUAAUUGAUACUCAACAAUGCUUUUCAUUUUAAUCUAUUGGUCUCCCCAGAUCUGUUUGGUUUUUUCCCUCCAUACUUUAAGAACCGGUUUUUUCCCUCCAUACUUUAAAAACCGUUUUUUUCCCUCCAUACUUUAAAACCUGCUUAAAGCUCAAAGAGUUCCUUGAAUUUCAAAGCAGUACUUGAUAAAUCCUUGAAUUUUCAAAUUUUUGCUAGAGUUUCUCCUGUUGGUUGCAAAAUGAAAUAGAUUUUGAAUGUGCAUUUUGUAAUUCAUUAAUAGUAAUCUAUUUUUAGCAAGCACAUCACACCUAUUGUCAUCUUCACUGGUGAAUCUAUAAUCAACUCAUUAGUCUUUGUCAAAAGAGUAUUAGGGCUCCUCCGGAAAUUUAACACUUCACUGUGGGUUUCCUAUUGUUAGGAAUGAAAACUGAAAAAACAUGUUGAUGGACCUGUAUGAACCAUGAUCUAUUUUUAACUUUACAAUCAGAUGUACCUCUAUCAUGCUGUAAGUAUUUAGUUUCAACAGUUGUUGGGAGAGGUAGCUGAAAAAGUAGGAAAUAAUUGUUAGAUAACUAAAAGAGUUUGCCAUGAUUACUGAAACAUCCAGGUGGGAGAUGCAGGCUCUCUUAGUGUCUUGUCUAUCAACUGGAGUUGUUUAAGGAAAUUUUGAACAAAAUCAACAUGAUAAGUAAUAGUAACCAUGCAUCCCUAGAUUACAUGGAAUUCCUUAUCACUUCUAUGUGUCAGAUGAAAUACACAUCCUAUUCUGUAGACCGGUCUGUGUGUCAGAUAAAAUACACAUCCUAUUCUGUAGACCGGUCCGUGUGUCAGAUGAAAUACACAUCCUAUUCUGUAGACCGGUCUGUGUGUCAGAUGAAAUACACAUCCUAUUCUGUAGACCGGUCUGUGUGUCAGAUAAAAUACACAUCCUAUUCUGUAGACCGGUCUGUGUGUCAGAUAAAAUACACAUCCUAUUCUGUAGACCGGUCUGUGUGUCAUAAAAUACACAUCCUAUUCUGUAGACCGGUCUGUGUGUCGGAUAAAAUACACAUCCUAUUCUGUAGACCAGUCUGUGUGUCAGAUAAAUACACAUCCUAUU